AUGGCCACCCUCAUCCGCCCCCCGCCCGCCGACCAUUCGCAGUCGGCCAUUGAGAACGUCCUCGAACUGACGCAGCUGGCCGACAUUGAUCCCAACAUCUUCACAAACACUCGUCCUCUAUGGCAUCCCCCCGGUGCGCGCGGUAUCUUUGGCGGUGCUGCCAUUGCCCAGACACUCAGCGCCGCCCAGAAGACGGUUGACCCCGACUUCACUGUGCACUCGAUGCACUGCUACUUCAUCCUUGCCGGUAACUCAGAGAUACCCGUCAUAUACCAUGUAGAAAGGGUGCGCUCGGGAAAGUCGUUCGCAACCAGGACAGUGCAGGCCCGGCAAAGGGGCAACGUCAUCUUCACCACGACCAUGAGUUUUGUUCGCCAGAACAGUGGAGGCGCCCAAAAGGUCGAGCACAUCUACCCCAUGCCAGACGUCCCGGCGCCCAAGGAAGGUAGUGACGACUUAAGGACGCCCAACGAUGGCCAAAGUCCUUUUCAGACGCAACUGUUGCCCAUUGAAAACGCAGACGACUCCGAUAAGCCCCAUACCAAAAGAUGCCGACAAUGGAUCAAGGCUCGCGGUAAAAUCUCUCCCGCUGGCGGUCAUGAAGCCCAUCUCUCCGCCAUCGCAUACAUGUCCGAUAGCUACUUCAUUGGCACCGUCGCACGUGCGCACAAGCUCCUGCGCUACUCAAACCAGCGCAAGAGCAGGGCCAGGUCGAGCAUCGACGAGGACGUGCUCAAGAAGCUGCUCGAGAUGGAUGACGCCGAGCUCCAGCGCGAAAGCUCUCUCAAUGAAUCAGAUAAGCAGCGCAUACGUGAACUGAGGAAAGCAGAGGACCUGGCAAAGAGCAAAGACGCAAAGCCCGAGAUUGGCAUGAUGGUUAGUCUAGACCAUACCAUCUACUUCCACAACCCUCGCAGCUUCCGCGCAGACGAAUGGAUCUUCACCGAGAUGGAGACCCCUUGGGCUGGUGAUGGCCGUGGUCUCGUUUCCCAGAGAAUGUAUACCAAGGAUGGCACGCUCAUCGCCAGCUGCGUCCAAGAGGUAAGUGGCUUACUCCCGUCUGUCAUGGUGAACUGUGCUGACAUGAACAGGGCGUUAUACGAUUGA